CUCCUUGGAAAGAGUGCGAAAAAGAAGCGCGAGAUCGAAACAGUGAAGGCGGUCAGUGAGCUCGCGCUGCUCUCUGCUUCCGGUUCUUUCUCAGUCAGGCGAUUUGUUAUUAUUAUUAUUUUUAUUAGUUUUUUCUUUUCAACUUAAAUUAACAAAUCAAUCGCUCUGAUUUACAGAUGGUUGAGAGUUAGCGCGCGCGCGCACCGAGUCGUGAAACCGAGUUGAACCGGAGAAUCGGAGGGAAACGGAAACCGGCUGUGCUGGAGAUGUCCUGUGAGGACACGGAGUGUCAGGACACCGACUCGGAUGCAGCCGACCCAAAGGACUGCGGGAAAGUCAAAGUGAAGUGGACGCAAGAAGAGGAUGAUAAUCUGCGAGCGCUGGUUAAAACCCGAGGAACUAGUGACUGGAAACACAUUGCAAGUUUUCUCCCAAACCGCUCGGAACAUCAGUGUCAGCACCGCUGGUACAAAGUUUUGGAUCCAGACCUCGUCAAAGGGCCUUGGACUAAAGAAGAAGAUGAAAAGGUGAUCCAGCUGGUCAAUAAAUACGGGAAUAAGCAGUGGGCCGUGGUGGCCAAACACCUGAAGGGCCGACUGGGGAAGCAGUGCCGCGAGCGCUGGCACAACCACCUCAACCCCGACGUGAAGAAGUCCUCCUGGACUGCAGAGGAGGAUCUAAUCAUCUACAAAGCCCACUGCAUGCUGGGAAACCGCUGGGCCGAGAUCGCCAAGCUGCUACCUGGAAGGACUGACAAUGCUGUGAAGAACCACUGGAACUCCACCAUUAAGCGUAAAGUGGAGCUGGGGUACUACACGGGCGUGGACACGACUCUGCACUUUAUUCACCAGCCUGAGGAAGGAGACAUCGGCGUUCAGCAGGACACUGAUCCAGCGGAGGAUUUGUGCUACGGAGCAGAGUUGGAGGCUGCCACUGUGCCGGCGGUCAAGCGGGAGUCUGUCGAUUCUGUUCCUCGGAAAUCCGCUCCCGCCAACACGGUGUCCCCGAAACCGUCUCCAGCUCCUGCGACGCCCCCCAGUGACUCUGAGAGCACGACGAACUCGGGCGUCCCUGCCUGGGUGAACGACGGCUCGGGCUUCCUGUCGCCCUCGGCCACGCCCGCGCUGAAGGAGAUGAUGGACAUGAUGGACGGGGAUCUGGAGGGCUGGUGUAACCUGGCUGACUUUGAGCUGCCGGAGGAGAGUCAGAGUCCUGAUGUGCUGCAGUUCCGCCUGGAGGGCAGCGCUCUACACGAGCUCAGUAAGGGGAGUAAAGGCGAGCUCAUCCCCAUCUCCCCCGGAGGAGCCACACCACCAUCCAUCCUGAGCCGCCGCACACGCCGCCGUAUCGCCCUCUCCCCCGAUGUCAAUGACUCCAUGACCCCCAAGAGCACGCCGGUUAAGAUCCUGCCCUUCUCCCCGUCUCAGUUUCUCAACCUGUGGACCAAACAGGACACGCUUGAUUUGGAAAACCCGUCUCUCACGUCCACGCCCGUGUGCAGCCAGAAGGCCAUCGUCACUACGCCGCUGCACCGAGACAAAACCCCGCUCACUCAGAAGGAGAACUCUGUCUUCAUCACGCCGAAUCACAAAGCUGAUCUGGACAGGAUGCCUCGCACCCCGACGCCGUUUAAAAACGCCCUGGAGAAGUACGGGCCCAUACGGCCGCUGCCUCCAACACCCAACCUGGAGGAGGACCUGAAGGAGGUUCUGCGCACCGAAGCAGGGAUCGAGCUCAUCGUAAAGGACGAGAGUCCAGUUGAACAGAAACCCAAAGUGGUGCACCGGCCUCCCAUGAAGAAAGUGCGUAAAUCUUUAGCACUGGACGUUAUAGACUGUAAGGAGCCACGCCCUGCUCGACGCCAGCACUCCAAACCUCCUGCCAAACCCAGCAGAAAGGCAGACCGUUCACUCUCAUCAUCCUCUUUCAACUCGUCGUUUACUGUAAAGAAGGAAGAGAACGUCCUCGACCAGGGUUUCAUUCUCGGGCCCAACGAAAGCGGACCUACGGUGAAACGAGCUCAAUCGAACCCCAAACCUGUUCCACCUGCUCCUAUGUCUCCAGCAUGGGAAGCAGUGGUUUGUGGUCGCACUACAGAUCAGUUGAUCAUGACGGAGAAGGCCAGGCGGUAUCUUCGCUCUCUGAAGUCGAACGCACACAGCCGAGCCCUCAUCCUAUCCUGAGCCUGCACUUCUCAACAAUAUCUAAUUAUUUCAUUCGACAAUAUUAAUAACGCAUGGUAUUUUGUCGUGUUGUGAAUUAAGAUGUAAAAAUAUUUUGUUAAUAAUAUAAUUGUGAAAAGAAAGAUUUUAGGGUCAUGAAAACACCAUCUUAACAGUCACAAUGAAUCUCUAAAGGAGCUUUUAGUCUCUUGUCUCAGGUUACCUCAAGAGUUUAACAUGUAUAUGGUAUUCUGUUCCAGUUUGUGUGUAUUUCACAUUUAUUUUUCAGAAUGCUUUGUCAGGAAUAUCAGAGGAAAGCAUCUGUGCUUUUUAACUGGCACUGUUACUUUCUGUCCAAAUCACUUGAUUACAGUUCAGGGUUUAUUUCUCGUUUACACGUACGUUUUUCCACAAAGGCAAUACUGAAACUGUAUUAUCUGAAACAAUCGGUGUAUAACUGCUAGAUAGGAUUUUAUUUUUCUUAUUAUGACGUCUAGAUGUUUGAAAUAAUUUCAUACAUUUUCAGACACAAUGAUUAAACUUGCUCAUGUCCACUGUAGGAUAAUUCCUAAUCUGCUCCAAUUGUGUAUAUGCUGUAACUGUGGAAUUAAAAUCAUUCAUAUUGUAAAAUAAGAUAAAUAAAUGGCA